AUGGAACAGAAGAAUGCCGUGCCAUCCUGGGAUAAGCCGGCAUUGGUCAACUGGAGGCUGGACUCUCUUGGUAGCGAUGCUGGUCAGAGGGUUCAUGUGGAGUUUUAUGUGGAUGAGAACACGUUAAAAGAGAGGCUUAAACUCUUCUUCAUCAAAAACCAGAGAUCCAGUUUAAGGAUCCAAAUAUUUAACUUCUGCCUGAAGCUUUUGACAUGUGUUCUUUACAUUAUACGAGUAAUGACAGAAAAUCCAGCCCAGCUCCGCAACACGUGCAUCAACUGCAACAGCACCUCACAGACCAAUGAGAUCAACUGGGAGCUGAUAUUCUGGGUAGACAGAAAAUUACCCGUUUGGGCCAUCCAGGUGAUUGUAGCAUCCAUAAGUUUCAUGGAGGCUAUGUUGCUAAUGUACCUCAGCUACAAGGGUAAUAUUUGGGAGCAGAUGUUUCAGGUGUCCUUCCUACUGGAGAUGUUGAAUACUGUCCCGUUUAUCAUUACGAUCUUCUGGCCUCCUCUCAGAAACCUGUUUAUACCUGUGUUCCUCAACUGCUGGCUCGCCAAGUGUGCACUGGAGAGUAUGAUCAAUGAUCUGCACAGGGCGAUUCAGAGAACACACUCCGCCAUGUUUAACCAAGUUCUCAUUCUUAUCUGCACUCUUUUAUGUCUCGUUUUUACUGGCACGUGUGGUAUCCAGCAUUUAGAACGGGCUGGUAAGAAUAGCCUGUCUCUCUUUAACGCUUUGUAUUUUUGCAUUGUAACUUUCUCGACGGUGGGCUUUGGCGACGUGACGCCUCAGAUCUGGCCGUCUAAGUUGCUGGUGGUGGUGAUGAUCUGUGUGGCUCUGGUAGUGCUGCCCCUACAGUUUGAGGAGUUGAUAUAUCUGUGGAUGGAAAGGCAGAAGUCUGGAGGAAACUAUAGCCGACAUCGGGCUCAGACAGAGAGGCAUGUGGUCUUGUGUGUGAGCACUCUCAAAAUCGACCUGCUCAUGGACUUUCUCAAUGAAUUCUAUGCUCACCCGCAUACACAGGAUUAUUACGUGGUGAUCUUAUGUCCAUGUGAAGUGGACGUCCAGGUGAGGAGGAUUUUGCAGAUUCCACUCUGGUCCCAAAGAGUCAUCUACCUGCAAGGCUCCGCCCUCAAAAACCAGGAUCUGCUCAGAGCCAAGAUGGACGAUGCAGAAGCAUGUUUUAUUCUCAGCAGCAGGAAUGAAGCUGAUCGCAUGGCUGCAGAUCAUCAGACCAUUCUGAGGGCUUGGGCCGUAAAGGACUUUGCUCCAAACUGCCCUCUCUACGUCCAGAUCCUUAAACCCGAAAACAAGUUCCAUGUUAAAUUUGCAGAUCAUGUUGUGUGUGAGGAAGAGUUUAAAUAUGCCAUGUUGGCUCUGAACUGUCUGUGUCCGGCUACAUCCACACUGAUCACUUUAUUGGUCCACACAUCUCGUGGACAAGAGGGGCAGCAGUCUCCGGAGCAGUGGCAGAGAAUGUACGGGCGUUGUUCGGGUAACGAGGUGUAUCAUAUCCGCUUGGGUGACAGUAUGUUCUUUGGAGAGUACAACACCAAAAGCUUUACCUAUGCAGCCUUUCAUGCCCACAAAAAGUACGGUGUGUGUAUGAUCGGUGUGAAGAGAGAAGUUAACAAGAGCAUCUUGUUGAACCCUGGACCACGUCACAUCAUGGCUGCCAGCGACACUUGUUACUACAUGAACAUCACAAAAGAGGAAAACUCUGCCUUCAUCUUCAGACAGGAAGCAGAUCGGGGAAAACGGCGGAGCCACAGUGACAUUUUAAACAGCCCGUCUGGCCUACCUGUUCAUAACAUUAUCGCUAGCAUGGGAACGGUGGCUUUGGAUUUUGAGAACUCCAGUCCCACUGAAACUGGCACUGAACGUGCUCUAUCUCCAGAGAAUGAUGUCAGAAGUCGGCACCCAAGCAUAGCUCCUGUUCUGGAGAAAGCUGACUCAGCCUCCUUACUGCCAUGUGAUCUCCUUAGUGACCAAUCAGAAGAAGAGGCCGGCCACUCAGAUGAAGAUGUAACAGCUAAUAAAUUUGUGAAAGGUUACCCCCCAAACUCUCCUUAUAUCGGGAGCUCCCCGACCCUCUGCCACCUGCUACCCCAGAAAGCCCCUUUCUGCUGCCUACGGCUUGACCAGGGCUGCGAGCAUGUUAGCUUUGAAGACGCAAAAGCAUAUGGCUUUAAAAACAAGCUAAUCAUCGUUUCAGCAGAGAUGGCAGGAAACGGCCUUUACAACUUCAUAGUGCCUUUAAGAGCCUAUUACAGACCACGGAUAGAACUCAACCCUAUAGUCCUGCUGUUAGACAACCUACCUGAUGACCACUUCCUUGAAGCCAUAUCCUGCUUUCCAAUGGUGUACUACAUGGGCGGCACCAUUGACAAUUUGGACAGCCUGUUACAGUGUGGGGUUCUGUAUGCUGAUAAUCUGGUGGUGGUGGAUAAAGAGAGCACUAUGAGCGCAGAGGAAGACUACAUGGCCGACGCUAAAACUAUUGUCAACGUGCAGACCAUGUUCAGGUUGUUUCCAAGUCUGUGUAUUAUAACAGAACUCACUCACCCCUCAAACAUGAGAUUCAUGCAGUUCAGAGCGAAGGACUGUUACUCCCUCGCCCUGUCUAAACUAGAGAAGUUUAAAGUGUAAUAUGUUUCUUUAUGUGUGUUUGAUUGGCAGAAAGAACGUGAUAAAGGUUCUAAUCUCGCCUUCAUGUUCCGUCUUCCCUUUGCGGCUGGUCGAGUCUUCAGUAUCAGCAUGCUGGACACACUUCUCUACCAGUGUUUUGUGAAGGACUACAUGAUCCCAAUUGCCAGAUUACUGCUCGGGCUGGACACCACACCUGGAUCAGGGUUUUUGUGCGCUAUGCGUGUGUGUGAAGCUGAUCUGUGGAUCCAAACAUACGGGAGAUUGUUCCAGAAGUUCUGCUCAUCUAGUUCAGAGAUUCCCAUCGGGAUCUACCGCACAGAAUCACACUCACCUCCUGAGUUUUAUGGUUCUGUCAGCAUUGAGCGCUUAAACGACACCAGGGAGAAGGGGGAGGAGUCAAAGAUCCUCACACAGAGCUCCUCCAGCAGUGACCAAUCAGAACACCCUUUCCUGAGAAGGAAGAGCAUGCACUGGACAAGGCGUCUUAGUAGGUGGAGCGUAAAGAGGAGUGACUCCUCCCUCAGCUCUGUGCAGCAGCGACUAGGUGUGUCUCGGCGCUCUGAGAGGGAGGAGCUUACGGAACUGGUCAGGAACCGCAUGCAGCACCUGGGUCUGCACACAGCUGGAGACAAGGAUGUUACGAACCUAACAGCCAGUGACGUGAUGAACAGAGUUAAUUUAGGAUAUUUGCAAGAUGAGUUGAACGACCAGCAGAAUUCAAUUUCAUAUGUGCUCAUAAACCCCGCCCCCGACACGCUGCUGCAGGUCAACGAUGUUGUAUUCCUGAUCCGUCCAGAUCCACUGGCUCAUGUGCCUGAUGCACCGCCUGAACAGAACCGUCACUGCUGCCGGUCCACAACAGACACACCAGAACUGAACAAAGUUUAACUGGUCAGAAUUCCAUUAGAUCAAAUACAGCUG